UCAUUUACAGAGUUUAUAAGGUGGAACUUUUAUUCGAAUUAAGAAUUAAUGAGUAUACAAUUUUUUUUGUAGUGUAGCAAGUGUUAGUUUUGUAUGAGCUUGAAAAAAGAGAAAAAAUUAUAAAAGAAAAUAUUAAAAAAAAAAAAAUGAAUACAUUUUUCUUCUGUUGUAUUCAGUCUAUUGAACCCAGCGGAUGAUAGAUUUUUGAGUUUAUUUUAAUAUGUAUUGUAUUUUGUAGCGAAAAUUCACAAAAGUAAUGAAUUAAAUUUAUUUUUAGGAAAUUUUUAUUGCUUAAAAACUUUUUAUGAAGCUGAAUUUUUUAUGUAAAAUGAAAUAUCAGUGAAUUUAAAUAAUAAGUUUAAAGUGGAAAUUAUGAAUAAUACAUAAGACUUGUUGUAAUGAAAUCAUAAAUAUUGAAACAGCGACACGAAUAAUCGAAAAUUAGAUUAGAUUAACUUAAUAGAGAAAUAACGUGGUGUACUUUAAUGAAUAAUCAGUAAUUCUUUUCUGUCGUUAUUACUUUAAAAUUUUUUUUUUGAUUAAUAUUAAAAUUUUGAAAUUUUUUAUUAUGAAAUAUGAGUGCUUUUUGAUGAAAAGAUUUAAGUGAUUCCGUCUUAUUCAAUUAUAAUUUUAAUCUACUAAUUUUUGUCUCAUAUUUAAAAAAAAAAACAUAUACAGAAAAAACAAAAUGAAAUUUUAAAAAUUUUGACAAGAAGGCGGGAAAAAUUAUUCUUUGUGGUCUGGCAUUUCGGUGAAAAAUUUUAAUUUUCUUAUAAAAAGUUCAAUUUAAAUCAAAGUAAAAAAUAUAAACGAAAUUCAAACAAAAAAGUAUUGUUUAUUCAUAAAAAAAAUUAAAAAACUUAAAUUUUAAGAAAUUUAAAUUUUUGAAAUUAUAAAAUCAAAUAUCAAAAUAUAAGAAAUUGCAGAACUGAUUCCGGAAAAAUAAAUUAGAAAAAAAAAUAUUUUUCAAUAUUUUAAUAAUUGAAAUAUACACAUGAAAUUAAUAAAGUAUAUACCAACAGAAAUGACAGCUGUUCACGAUUCGUACUUAAUAAAAAUAACGCUUUAAAGCAAGACGUUGUUAUCUUAGCACCUUUCUAGAAACAAGAAUUUUCUUCAACAAUCAAAUUAGGAAUUAAUUCAAUAAAUACGUAGUUGGGAUAGUUAAAUCAUCAACAACCGGACAUAAAAAAAAAAACAAAGGAAGAUUAAUAAUUUGGAAAACAAAAAGAAACAACAAAGUCCAAAAAUAUUUGCCCCGAAUAAACAGGAUAAUAAAAUUAUAAUGAUCUCGAAUUUUACCAUAACUUAAAAUGAUUUAAGAAACCAGGUUAUCAAAAAAAAUUAAAUAUAAACAAAAGAAAUCAACCACAAUCAUAGCAGAGUAAAGUAAAUUGUAAAUAGAAGGACUGUAAAAGGAUAUUUUAUAUUAUAUUUCUUAUGAAAAAUCGAAAAAAAAGGUGGAUAUUUUUAAAAAGAAAAACAAGAAGAAAAUUAUUACGUUCGAAUAGUAUUCUAUGUAUCCUUUAUGCUCAUUCUAUUAUCCUUGAUAAAAUAAUUUAAGGGAUAAAACAAAAUAUUACAAAAACCAAAAAAAAAGAAAUAAAAAAGGAAGGAUCAAUACAUUUAUUGUUUUAUUGACGGAAAAUAAAUAAAACAAAACAAAAAUAAAAUAAAAUUAAAUUUAAGAGGAAACAAAUAGAAGCAAAGUAAGGAGCAAACCUCCUUACCCAAAAAUAAAAAAGGGAAAACAAAUAUAAUAAAAUGAAAUGAAUUCCUGCGUAGCUAUUUUUUGAUUAAAAUUAUGUUAUACAAGCAGUUUUACCUUUAAUUGUAGUUAUUUGUGUUCAAUUAUAAUUUAUGUUAUUAGGUUUAAGGAAUGUUCUGAAAAUUACACAUAUACAUACAUAAUAUAUGCGUCUAGAAAUAAAGGAUAAACUCAAUAAAAUUGAAACUGCCAUUAAAUAAUAAGUUAUCAUCAUCUUUUUUAAUAACUUUUAAAAUAUAUUGGCUACAAAAGCACAUAUCAUAUUACAUAAGAGCACAUAUUGCCAAAGGAUAAUAGAAAAUAUCCUGAUUUAAAAUUUAAAAUUCAAGUAAAUAAAAUAACAAAUGAAAAAAAAAAACAACAAAUCAAUAGCAGAGUUGGUAAACUGUAGUAAGAGAAAUAAAAAUAAUAAAAAUAUUAAAAAUUUAAGGACAUUAUUGAAACACUUCUAUUGAAUCUUAUAUAAAGGACAAACACGUUUUCAAAUUCUUAAAGUGUAUGUACUUUAUAUGUGACGUACAUGUUUGCAAUAUUAAAGUAAAUUUUUAAAGUGCAAUAAAGAUAUAAGAAAAAUUUUAUUUUGCUAUUGAAUUUAAAAUGAUUCAAAUGCGUUAAGCUAAAGUUUAAAAUUUUUAUAACUUUAAUAUAGAAUCUUAAAUGGAUUGUUAAUAUACAUACAUACAUUGAUGCUUAAUAUGGUAUAACUAUAUUUUCUGUACCUACAAAAUUAAUCCCAAAAUACUUAAAAUUUCAUUAUUUAAUUUAAAACUGUUAUGGUGUUUUACUUUUUGUCCAGAUAAAAGGAUGUAAUGAAAAACAAUAAUAGAUACCCAUCUACCUACAUCCUAUUGAGAAAAAAAACAAUGAAUUUUUAAAAUUUUCUAUUUUGCUGCAGUGUUUCUACCAGUUUUUCAUGCUAAGAACAGCAAUAAGUAAAAUUAUUUUUAACAAAAAAAAAAAAAAAAAUUGUGAGAAGAAAGGAAUAAACAUCAUUACUAUACACUUAUAAAUUUUUAAAGACAACUGCAUGUGGAGAGUGCUGCUUUUGUUACUACUUUAAUUUGAAAAUCGUAUUAAAACCAAAGUAAAAAGAUUAAAAAAUAUUUAUAAGAAUCUAUAUAGAAAAAUAAUAACGCAAUGAAUCGGAAACGUUCAUUUAGACGGCGCCAAAAACCACCAUUUAGUGAAAGAGCAAAAGAUCAUUGCAGGAAAUUUACAGCAUUUUUAUUCAGUAAUGUUGGAAUAAUACUUUUGGUCGUAUUAUAUACAAUUGCAGGUGCAUUCAUGUUUCGUGCAAUUGAAUUAAGCGAAGCAAAGAAAAAUGAUGAAGUACAAAUGUAUAAUCGUACAGAUACAAUAACUGUGAUAUUAGAAGAUUUAUUUAAUAUAAGCAGUAGUUUAAGUGCAUUAAAUAAAACUGAAUUUUAUAUUAGGGUUAAUCAAAAGCUUUUAGAAUUUCAACAAAUUGUAAUUAAAGCUGAAUUAGAAGGUUCCAAUGAUGAUACAGAAAAUGAUUGGACAUUUUCCAGUUCAUUUCUCUAUUCAUUAACAGUAAUUACAACAAUCGGUUAUGGUAACAUUGCCCCAAAAUCAAUUUGGGGUAAAAUAUCAACAAUUAUAUAUGCAAUAAUUGGUAUGCCAUUAUUUUUACUUUAUCUGUCAAAUAUUGGUGAUAUUUUGGCAAAGUCAUUCAAGUGGACGUAUGCAAAAUUAUUUUUAUGUCGGAUUUGUCCAGCAGUAACUAGAAGACGUGCUAUUAGAGAAAGGAAAAAAAUGAGACAGUUGACAGCUGAAAGAGAAAUGAACCGUAGCAUAUCUAGCAGCGAAGGCAGUGGUAGUAGUAUUAGUCCUGAUAAUGAUGUUGAAAGUUAUGAUAGAGGAAUGAGAAAUUAUCGCAGAAGUAGAUAUUAUGUACGUGAUUAUAAUAAUAGUGUUGAUGAUGAUAGAAGCAUCGAUGAUGAUGAUAAUGAUGUUGAAGAUGGUGAAGAUGAUGACGAUGACGAUGAUACAGAUAUUCAAGCCAAAUUACAAGCUGAUACUGCAACAAUAACUGUACCCUUAACAGUUUGUAUUUGUAUUAUGAUUGGGUAUAUUUUAUUUGGCGCAACACUAUUUCAUAGAUGGGAAAAUUGGAAAUUAUUAGAUGGAAGUUAUUUUUGCUUUAUAUCAUUAAGUAGUAUUGGUUUUGGUGAUAUUGUACCUGGAGAUAAAAUGACUGGCGGUGAAUUGGAUAAAGUUGAAGUCAGUUUUAUAUUAUGUGCCGUUUAUUUAUUAUUGGGGAUGGCUUUAAUUGCAAUGUGUUUUAAUUUAAUGCAAGAACAAGUUAUUCAUAAUAUGCAAGCUUUUAAACGUGUACUACGUGGUUGUUUUAGAUGCAACAGGUGAAAAUUUCCAGCGUAUAAUCAAAAUGAAAAAUAAUAAAAAAUGAAAAGUUUGAAUUGAUAAACGAAUAUUCUUAAUUCAUUCAACAAUCAGUCUAAAGAAAAAGGGACUAAAAACAACUAUAAAAAUAAUAUACAAAUAUAAUAUACAAAAAGAAAGAAAAAAAUUAAAAUGUCAAACAAUAAAAUUGCCAGAACAUUAUGAUAAAACAUCGAAAAUUUUCUUUAGGAAUGAGAAAAAAAUUUGUAGAAAAGGUUGAAAAUAUAAAAAUUAUAAGAAUUAUGCACGUGUACUUUGGACAGUAGAGGCGGAAUUCCAGAAAAACAAAAAGAAAUAAAGCAAAACGACCAAAAUUUUGAAUUUUUUCGGAUGUCAUUUUUUUCUCAGAAUUGAGCUGAUAAAAAUGAUAUUUUUAUGCAUAGCUAAAGCUAAAAAUAAUCAAAAAUUAUGAAUAAAAUUACUGAUAACAAAAAUAAUCAAAAAAAGUUAUCACAUUGUGGUAUGAGACGCAGUUAUUUCUAUAAUUUAAAUGAUAACCAUCGUUAUUGUGUUAAUUACCUACUAUACUUAUAAAAACGUAUAGUAGGGUGAGGCUGUUAAAAGGAUGUUUGCUACUAUACACAUUGGGCGAGAAUUUCUUUUUUAAGUUAAACUAUACGUUUUUUUUCUCUUUUUUUCUAAAAUAAAAGUGAAAAAAAUAAUAUUAAAAUAGAAUGCCCCAAACAAAAAAUUACAGGAAAAAAUGUAAAAAUAAGCAUGAAAAUAAUUCUGGAAGAAUACAGAUAAGAAUAAUGAAAAUAAUAAGUCAAGAAUAAAAUGGCUAUAAAGCGGUCACUUAAGAGAUUAAACAAAGGGUUGUUGAAGUUGAUUUUUAUACUUUACCAGGAAACUAUAUUAAGUGCAAUAUUUUUUUAGGUAUAUUCAAAAUAUUUUACACGUUCAUAACAAUAUGAAGUAAAUCAUAAUGUUUUUAAUGGAUUUGAAUAUAUAGUUUGAAACGAUAAUAUGCUGGGGGUUAUAUUUCAAUUAAUCUGUGGAUGUGAACAAUAGAAAUCAAUUAUAUUUUGAAGAUUUUAUAAUAUUCAAAUGAAUUUUUUGAAAUAAGAUUAAUUAACACCUGAGUUGUUUGAUUAAUUAACACCUGAAGUGUUGGAAUUUAUUGCACUAAUUAUGCUGUGAUCAUCUUUGUUGAUUUUUAAUUAUUGUAACUCCGCAAAGCAAAAAUUUUUCAUCAUUAUUUAGAGUGUUUUUUUUACUGUGAGAAAAAAUUGACUUUUUAACUAUGCAGUGGGAUGUCUUUUAUUCAGCCAUUAUGUACUUUUGAAAAAACAACUAAUUUUCAAUUCAUAUUAAACUGAUAGUCUGACUAUGAACAUGUAAAUUAAAGUAAAUAGCACUUGAAAAAGAAAGAUAUCAAGGUGUACACUUCCAUCUUCACAUCAUUUUCAUGUUAAUUAGCAUCAAAACCAUUGAUAAAUUUCAAAUAGCUCGAUUAAAAUAAAAGAAUGCAACAAUAUGAUAAUGAAUUAGCAUAGAAUGGGAAUUAAAAAUAAAAAAUUAUAGCCUUUUACUGGUUGAAUUAUAUUUGUGAUGAUUCUUACUUUUCUUAUUCUGAUAUUAUUAAUUAAAAAAAUCUAACUCCAUUUAAUUUGCACUACAUAGUCAAAGCAAAGUAAACCAAAAGAACAUAUUAUUAAGUGUACAUUAGGAAGAAGAGAAAUAAAUGAAAAUUGUAACAAAUUCAAAUCAUCGGUUAAAAUGUGUGGGAGUGGACUAAACUAAAUAUUGAAGGAAAUUAUCAUUAGAAAAAGAAAAUUAGAUUUAAAAGAUUAAAAAAGAAAAAUUGAAUAGUUUGUAACUUGAACCAACAUUGAAUGAAAUGGAACUAAGCAGGAAGAUACUUAAAAAUAAUAUAAUUGCAAAGAUGCAGGCUUUUUCAAAUUUCUUUAAGAGCAAUUUAUAAAUUAAAUCUCAAUGUUAGAAGAAUAAUGAGUAUUACAUUAUAAUAUAUAAUUUAAAAUAAAAAAGAAUACAAAAAGUGAUCUAUUGGAAUUCGAAUUUGGAUUGGAUUAAAACAAAAAUAAAAAUUAAAAUUAUAUUGAGGUCAAAAUUUAUUUUAAAUUAAAUAAGUGUAA